AUGCUUCAUGUCUUUUCAUUGAAAAAAAGCUUGAAUUUUAGGAAUUCGAUGAAUUUUGGUCGCAUAAUCAAUGUGCUGCUCAAUGAUUAUGACAUUCAUCUGUUACCAAUGGCGGAUGGCGUUAAUGUCACCAUUGAAUUGCACGUGCAGGGUGUAUCUGGAAUCUCUGAAAUAACUGGUGAUUUUGAACUGGAUUUUAUGUACAGCGAAAUCUGGGAAGAUCCGCGGCUCAGCUUCAAGCAUUUAAACGUUUGCACGACAAACAUCACGCUGAAAAGUGAUUUUCGGAAAAAAAUUUGGACUCCAGACACGUGUAUUAUCAACAGUAAGGAGGCUGCAGUGCACAGCUCACCGUCCGAGAAUACUUUCAUUAUCCUCUAUGAGCAUGGAUUGCUUUGGAGUAAUUUCAGGCUCAAAGUGAAGGCUCCUUGCAAAAUGGAUUUGAAAAUGUUCCCGUUUGACUGGAUACACUGCCAGCUGGUUUUUGAGAGUUACUCGUUCAACACAGACGAGGUGCGCCUGGUCUGGCACGACUCACCAGUCACGAUGAUGGAAAAAGUGGAGCUGCCAGAUUUCGACCUAAUCGGCUGGAGUACUGACCAUAAAAGGCUCGAGUAUCCCAAUGGCGACUGGGACAGGGCGCAGGUACUGAAUGGUCCGCUUCUAAUUUAG